AUGGCUGACUCCAAACCAAAUGUCUAUGUUCUAGACCCCUACCAUCCAGACGCCAUCGUAGCCCUGGAACAAUCAUCCGAUAUCAAUGUCGUCCUUCCAACAGACCCAAACAAGAGCCAAUAUACAGAGAACGCCACUGCAGUUAUGCUCCGUAGCGAGACUCGUCUCGGUGCAGAUGAGCUUGCCAAGUGCAAGAAGUUGAAAUAUAUCGUCAAGCAAGGCGUUGGCGUCGACAACAUCGAUCUCAAAGCAGCUGCUGCAGCGGGUAUAAAAGUAUACAACACUCCCGGUCUCAACGGAGAAGCGGUUGCUGAACUUACGCUCGCGUUGGCUUUGACGUUGUCACGACGAGUCGCUGAGAUUGACAGGCGGACCAGAAAUGGGGAGACGGUUGUGAGAAGUCAGACGCUUGGAAAGAGCUUAUUCAAGAAGACAUUGGGAGUUGUUGGGAUGGGAAAUAUUGGGCUCGCUGUUGCUAAGAAGUGGGUUGGAGCUAUGGAGGGCAAUAUCGUCGCUUAUGAUCCCUUCUCGGAUGGAAAGCAGUGGCUCAGCACUUUUGGGGAAAGCAAAUUUCGCCAGGCCUCAACACUACAUGAUCUCUUGAGCGCAUCAGAUGUCGUAACUCUUCAUCUCCCUCUUACCAAAGACACCGAGAACAUCAUCUCAACCGCAGAGUUUAACACUAUGAAGGACGGGGCAAUUCUGCUUAACUGCGCUCGGGGUGGAAUCGUUGACGAGGGUGCAUUGUUAGCUGCAUUGGAGAGCGGAAAGCUAUUUGGUGCUGGUCUUGAUGCUAUGGUGGUCGAGCCUCCGACUAUUGAGGCAUACCCGGAGCUGCUGGCGUUGCCGAAUGUCGUCUUGACGCCGCAUGUUGGAGCUUCGACGGUUGAGAAUCAAAGUCAGAGUGGUAUAGCAGUUGCGGAGAUUGCGAUGGCGCUGUUGAGAGGGGAAGAGAAAGGAAACAGAGUAGCUUAG